AAAACCUUUGCUUAUCAUUCUUCUUUCCUAACCACACCACAUCCCUCCCAACAUACAUUUGUCUCUGAAAAUAACAUUGAUUUGGGUGUCUCCACUAUAAUCAUUUCUUAUGGAAUGUCAUAUUUUAUUGUCUGCAAUGGAGACAGAUUUUUCAGGUUCCAGCAACAAAUUAUAUAUAUACACCCCUUAAUCAACUUAAAGGUGGUACAAUUGUAAAUGUCUAUGGUGUUGUGAAAUUCUUUAAGCCCCCAUAUCUAAGCAAAGGAACUGCUGUCCAGUCCCACACAGACCUUUAACCUGGCACAGUCACUUCUAGUUAAGUGGUGGUGAGGAAAGAAUAUGUCCAUUUUAUCACCGUUUCUGGGUGUGCAUGUGAGAUCAGAUAGGAGUGCAUAUGGAUUAUUGCUCGGUGGUAACAAUUGUAGAUCAGACAAACGUAAAGUUAACUUGCCUGUUUUUUAGUGGAAACUAUGAAGCCCUUCCAAUAAUUUAUAAAAUUGGAGACAUUGUUCGCUUUCACAGGCUUAAGAUUCAGAUAUAUAAAAAUGAGCCUCAGGGUAUCACCAGCUCUGGGUUUGCAUCUUUGACAUUUGAGGGAACCUUGGGAGCUCCUGUCAUACCUCGUACUUCAAGCAAAUGUUUUAACUUCACUGCUGAGGACCACAAAAUGGUAGAAGCACUACGGGUGUGGGCAUCUACACAUAUUUCGCCUUCUUCCAUGUUAGUACAGUUGUGUGAUGUUCAGCCUAUGCAGUAUUUUGACCUGACUUGUCAGCUUGUGGGCAAAGCAGAAGUGGAUGGAGCUUCAUAUCUUCUAAAGGUAUGGGAUGGUACCAGGACACCAUUCCCAUCUUGGAGAGUUUUAAUACAAGACCUUGUUCUUGAAGGUGAUUUAACUCAUAUUCAUCGGCUACAGAAUCUGACAAUAGACAUUUUAGUCUAUGAUAACCAUGUUCGAGUGGCAAAAUCCCUGAAGGUUGGAAGCUUUCUUAGGAUCUAUAGCCUCCAUACCAAACUACAAUCAGUGAAUUCGCACAGCCAGGCAUCAUUGUUAAGCCUAGAGUUUCAUCUCCAUGGAGGUACUAGUUAUGGUCGAGGAAUCAGGGUCUUGCCAGAAAGUAACUCAGAUGUGGACCAACUGAAAAAAGCUUUAGAAUCUGCAGAUUUGACAGCUACUCAGCGUUCAGAUAUUAUCUUUCAAUCAGAACAUGAGGACAGCUUUCCAGCCCUUUCAAGCUCUGGAUCAGUAUCACUAUAUGAAGUAGAAAGAUGCCAACAGCUGUCUGCUACAAUUCUUACAGAUCAUCAGUAUUUGGAGAAAACACCAUUAUGUGCAAUUUUGAAACAAAAAGCUCCUCAGCAAUAUCGAAUCCGAGCAAAACUGAGAUCCUAUAAGCCCAGAAAACUUUUUCAGUCUGUCAAACUUCAUUGUCCUAAAUGUUAUUCACUGCAAGAAGUUCCACAUGAGGGCAAUUUGGAUAUAAUUUUGCAAGAUGCUGCAACUCAAUCCCCAGAUAACAAACUACAAAAUACAUCAUUAUAUGAUUCAGAGAUCUGGACCACCAAAGACCAAGGAGGACGAAAAGUAGUUGUUCAUUUUGUGAAAAAUAAUGGUAUUCUUCCACUUUCAAAUGAAUGUCUGGUUUUGAUAGAAGGAGGUAUGCUUGGUGAAAUAUUUAAACUCUCAAACAAGUUUCACAGUGUAAUUCCUGUGAGAUCUGGCCCCGAAGACCUGGAACUCCUAGAUCUUUCAGCACCAUUUCUUAUACAAGGAAAAGUGUUUUACUACGGAUGUAAACAGUGUUCUACUUUGAGACCCAUACAAAAUCUAAAUUCUGUUAUCGAUAAAACAUCAUGGAUUCCUUCUUCAGUGGCAGAAGUACUGGGUAUUGUGCCCCUUGAGUAUGUAUUUGUUAUGACAUUUACUUUUGAUGAUGGAACUGGAGUAUUAGAAGCUUAUCUCAAGGAUUCAGAAAAAUUCUUCCAGAUUCCAGCAUCAGAAAUCUUAAUUGAUGAUGACCUUCAAAAAAAUAUGGAUAUGAUCAUGGAUAUGUUUUGCCCUUCAGGGAUAAAAAUUGAUGCAUAUCCAUGGUUGGAAUGUUUCAUCAGAUCUUACAGUGUCACAAAUGGAAUGGAGCAGCAAAUUUGCUAUCAAAUUUUUGACACCACAGUUGCAGAAGAUCUUAUCUAAUAUUGCCAUUCAACUUAGCCUAAGUAAAAUACCAUAAAUUAAAAAGCAAAAGUUAAUACUUUUUAUGACGUUCUUGCAAAACAAGGAAGACAUUUGGCUGUUACUCAAAUAACAGUCACAUUUUCAUUCUUACUACUAUUUUAGAUUUUUUUUGUGUGUGUGUGAUCUUAACGCCUUCUUUUGAGUAUGUUAAAAUGUGCUUAUUGCUCAAAAUAUCCACAUGAUGACUGCUAGGGACAUAAAAGGAAAAUUGAAUAAAUAAAGACUAGUCUUUCAUUUGAUUUUUGCAGUCGUUGCAGAGAAGCCUGUUUUAUUACCCUAAACUAAAAAUCAGUUUUUCUAUGGCAUUUUUCAUGUAUCAACCACUAAUUUCUGUGCUAUAUACUAUUCCUUAAUGAGCUUCUUUUCCUACCUGAUUUUUGUAUCAGCAGCCUAUGGGUGUGAGGUUAGGAAAUCCUUACCUUCAGUCUCAGCUUUCACUAAAUGCAAGCUAUUGGUUUUAUUUUGAUUUGUUUUUGUACAGAGAGAUCCGCUUAACCAAGUUCUGCUUAAAGAAGUAUUUGUCAGAGUGAACCACAGUUCGGUAAAAGUAUGAUUUACUUUGACUGCAUUUAACAAAAAUGCUUUAUUUCAGUUCUGAUAUUGAUCUUUUUAGUGUAAAUCCAUUUCUUUAGACCUGAAUUAUGUGUCUUGAUUGCUUGUUUCUCUCCAUGAUACUAAAACAUUUUCCAUUCCACACCAACAUAAUAAAGUGAUCAGAUUAAUGUUAAUGACUUAUUUAUAUUAUAUACAUUUUCAAUAGUAUUAUGUAAAAUAUACACAUAUUAGAGGUUUUAACUAAUUGAAUGUGAUGUUAACUCAGUAUAAUAGUCUGCUUUUUACCUGACACUAUUUGUCAAGUAUAAAAUCAUAAAUAUUUAAUUUCAUACAAAUAUUCCCAUGUAUUUGUUUGUAUGGAUAGAUUUGUCUAUUUGCUAAUGAUUGACAAAUACCUAUCUGCCUAGUUCAGUAUUAAUGAAGAAUAAAUAAAUGCACACAUUUCAUUGGU